GGGGUGAAUGCAGGGCACGCACACGCGGAUGUGGAGAAGAGUGCAGCUGCGGGCGGCGCGGGCAGCAUAGACAAGGUGAAUAGGAUGUCGGCGGAGGGGACGAUGGAGAGCACCCACCCCGAGGCGGGCUUGCCUGAGAAGACGGAGAUGCAGGCCCCGCGGGGUGGGAACCCGCCCCAGUACUUGACGGGUCCCAGGCUUUGGACGCUCUUUGGGUCGAUGGUUCUGACCGUUUUCUUGACGAGUCUGGACGGCACAAUCGUCGCCACAGCCCUCCCGCGUAUCGUCUCCCAGUUCGAUGCGCUCCAUGACGCGACCUGGGUCGCCGUCGCCUACAUGCUCACCCGGACGGCACUCAUGCUCGUCAUCGGCCAACUCGUCAACGUCGUCCCGCUCAAGACGCUCUACCUGCUCUGCGUCAUCUUCUUCGAGGGCGGGUCGGCCCUGUGCGGCGCGGCACCGAACAUCAAUGCGUUGAUCAUUGGGAGGGCUAUUGCGGGGAUCGGGUCGUCUGGGAUCACCGUCUGCUACAUCGCGGCGAUAGUCAGCUUCACGUCGCUGACGCUGCGGCCGUUGCUCCUCGCGGGGCUGUCUGUCGUCUUGGCUGUGUCGACGAUCUGUGGACCACUGCUCGGUGGAGCGUUUACAGAUCGUGUCUCCUGGCGUUGGUGCUUCUACAUCAACCUCCCGUUCGGCGGCCUCGCCGUCGUGGCUAUCUUCCUCUGCAUGCCCAGCCGGCCCGCCCCCCAGGGCGCGGACAAGCCGUUCUUCACCCGCCUCCGAACGGGCAUCGACUGGCUCGGGUGCGUGCUGACGGUCGGCCUGACGACAUGCCUUCUGCUCGCGAUGCAGUGGGGCGGCGUGACGUACCCCUGGGACAGCGCGACGAUCAUUGCGCUCUUCGUCGUGUUUGCGGUGUUGCUUGUUACUUUGGUGUUCUGGCAGAGAUGGUUUGGGAAGAGGUCGUUGAUACCACCGACGAUGCUGACGAGGAGGACACAGGUGUUUGCGAGCUUGGAGACGUGUUUCUUGCAGGCUGCGUUGACAAUCACGGUGUACUACCUGCCUGAAUGGUAUCAGAUCAAGGGGAGCAGCCCCGUCGCUGCAGGUGUCAAUGUCAUGGCGUUCAUGUUGUCAUAUCUCAUUGCCUCCGUGCUCGCGUCCAGCGUCGUUUCCCGCGUCGGAUACUACUGGCCUUUCCUCGUCUUCUCUCCGCUCAUCUCAAUACCUGGUGCGGUCAUGUUGUACCGCUCGGGACCGGGGACCUCGACCGGUCACCUCAUUGGGUUCCAAAUCCUCUUGGGGGCUGGUAUCGGGGGCGCGUUCUCUUCGCCCAACGUCGCCAUUCAGAGUGAUUGGGCAGACGUUACUCGCCGGAGCACGCUCGCUACGACCAUAUCCACGUUUAUGGGCUUCAUCGGCGGUAUCAUCGGCCUCAGUUUGGCGGGAACGUUAUUCGACAACAGUCUCGGCAAUCACCUCGCUCAGGUCCCGGGCCUCUCUGACGCGCUUCGCACUGAGGUCGCAGAGAGCAUCGAGGUGAUCGCGACCCUCCCCGAGCCGCUCCGCGCCGCAGUCAUCGACGCUGCUAUUGGGGCUGUGAAGCCGACGUGGCUGCUCGUCCUGGGCUGCGUCGUGCUCGGUAGUCUGUGUGGAGUGUUUGUGAAGAACCAUAACAUCAAGGAACGGGCGAAGUUGCAGCCACAGGAGUGAGGAUGCGGAGGGACAUUCUAUUUUAGACUACGCCGUCGCUCUUGCUUUGUUUCUCUGUCGGUGAUACUACGAUACUGUUUGGAGUAAAUCCUAUCGAACGUGCUGUAGUCCCUGUAAUUUCAUUCGAAGUGUCAAUUCAAUCUCCUUGUUGUCUUGUGCCCCUGGUCCAUGUCAUCACCAGGAAAGUGACCGAUAGCUAAUGCAAGCACACUGCAGGUGGACAGAUGAUAGUGAUUCUCCAUAGUUGUGUCCCCAAUGGAACGCAUGUUACGCAGCUCGAUUCAGAGUGAGGUUCGCCCGAGACGUGGCGAAGACAGUACUAACGGCGCCCUCGUUCUUCCUACCAGCGAGGACC